CAGGCAAUUUCUAUAAGCAUGCUGGCCUAUAAUUAAAACUGAUGUGAUGACAGUUGUCUUGGCCAUCUGGAGCAGGAAAUUUGGAAACUUUGAUUUGUUGAAUUCAGCCUACGUCACUCUCAUACCUAAAAAGGAGGAUGCCAUACACAUCAAAGAGUACAGACCAAUUAGUUUGGUUCACUCCUUUGCCAAGCUUAUUACGAAAAUCUUAGCCAACCGCUUGGCAGGCCGUCUUGAUCAGAUGGUUUCUUCCAGCCAGAGUGCUUUCAUAAAAGGGCGGUUUAUACAGGAUAACUUUAUGCUGGUGCAGCAAAUGGCUCGUUACCUUCACCAACAGAAACAAGCCCGGAUUCUGCUAAAGCUUGAUAUAACAAAGGCCUUUGACUCAGUCUCAUGGCCUUUUCUGCUGGAAGUUUUGAGAAAUUUGGGCUUUGGACAGAUCUGGUGUGACAUCAUUAGUGGCCUGCUCACUUCUUCAUCAACACAGGUGAUAGUCAAUGGCAUUCCUGGAGAGAAAAUCACAUAUCAGCGUGGAUUGAGACAAGGAGAUCCAUUGUCGCCAAUGUUAUUCAUUCUGGUCAUGGAUGUAUUAUGUUACAUGGUGAAAAAGGCCUCAAGAGGAGGAUCUACUUCAACCACUUGCUAGAAGGGCAUUGCAGCACCGAGUGUCACUCUAUGCAGAUGAUGUGGUAUUAUUCCUAAGGCCUUCAGCUGCUGACAUUGAUAUCACUCUGGAUAUGCUAGAGCUCUUUGGAAACGCUUCUGGUUUAAAAACCAACAUUCAGAAGAGCAGCGUACUGCCCAUUCAGUGUAAACAAGAGGACAGAGACAAUCCAAUUGCAUCUCCUAUGCCAGCUGCUUGAUUUUCCUUGCAAAUAUCUUGGGGUUCCUCUCUCUUUACACAAAUUGACCAAGGCUCAAGUCCAACCAAUAAUUGAUAGAAUAGCAGACCAACUUCCCGGCUGGAAGGCUGAUUUGCUAACAAGGGCAGGGAGGAAAGUUCUUGUUCAGUUUGUGCUUACUUCCAUGCUUGUAUAUUUGACCAUGGCUGUGGACCUCCCAUCUUGAGCACUUAAGUCCAUUGACAAGAUCAGGAGGGGUUUCUUAUGGAAAGGAAGAAAGGAUGCUAAAGGAGGACAUUGCUUGGUAGCUUGGCCCAAAGUUACUCAUCCACUAGGCUUGGCAUAUCUAAUUUGCAGCAACUUGGUUGGACCCUCAGAAUGAGAUGGCUCUGGCUACAAAAAACUGAACCUGACAAACCAUGGGCCUUCUUCCCCAUCCAAGUACAUCACUCGGUCAAAUCAUUCUUCUCUGUGGCCAUCAUCUCGGAAGUUGGCAACGGCAGGAACACUCUAUUUUGGACUAACAGUUGGAUCCAUGGGCAGAGCCUUGAUAAGCUUGUACCACACCUCUUUGGUUCAAUCUCUAAUCGAGCAAAGAAAAGAACAGUCCAUGAAGCUCUAACUGAUAGAAGAUGGGUUACUGACAUAAGAGGAGCUCUCACCCUGGAUGUCCUAGUUGAGUACCUUGGCCUAUGGGAUUUAUUAUCAGAAAGAGCACUGCAGCCUGAAGUGGAAUAUUCUCACAUAUGGCGAUUCUCAUCAUCCGGAAAAUAUUCAGCGAAGUCAGCAUAUGAGGCGAUGUUUAUUGGAGCCAUCAUUCAAACCUUGGGAAAGGAUAUGGAAGACUGGGCCCCCGAUAAAUGCAAAUUCUUUAUGUGGCUGGUUGCUCAUAACAAGUGUUGGACGGCUGAUCGGCUUGCCAAAAGAGGACUGCCACAUCUUGAGCAGUGCCCUUUUUGUGACCAAGAGGAGGAGACAAUCGAUCAUCUGUUAUUAUCUUGUGUUUUUGCGCGCCAGACUUGGUUUGAAGUUUUGCAAAAACUUGGUCUGCAAGUGCUUGUUCCACAGACUGAGGAUAUUUCCUUUGAGGAUUGGUGGAACAAGGUUAGCAGCAUGGUGAAUGGUCAGUUUAAACAGGGGCUCAAUUCAACUAUAAUCUUAGUGGCCUGGUCACUCUGGAACCAUCGGAAUCGAUGCGUUUUUGAUGGACUUCAACCUAACCUAAAUGGCCUUCUGUCUGUUAUUAAGGAUGAGCUGCACAUGUGGGAAAUGGCUGGGGGGUUCUUCAGGUUUUUUACCUUUAAAAAAGCCUGUGCUUCACCCUUCUUUCUUCAUAAUAUAUUGAUACGCAGCUCUCCUGCGUGUUCAAGAAAAAAAAAGGUCCUGGGGAACCCCGUGGGAGCGAAUUUCAGGCUGGGGUUCAAAAAAUCCCCUCAUCUGUCACCACACCAAAGCACAGGUCAAGGCCUGGCCCAGGUCGCAGCUGUGGUUGGUUUAGUCACAUAAUGGGUUACGGGCCCCGUGUAAGGGUGGGGCAGAGAUUCGGGGGUUUUCUCGCGUGAGAAGGUCCUUCUCUUAGCAAAAACCUAGGGGCUGUCUUACCCCCCGCAGGUCAAGUUUUUCAUCUCUCUAUCAAGUAUACCAUAAAAUUAAACAGAACCAUUCAAACCGGAGAUAUGGAAUUGCAUAUUCAGAAGAUAUCACAAUGUACCAGAGGAUUUAAUUCUCCAGAGAUGAAUACCUUAUACUUCCAAUACGAUAAUUGGAAAUUUCCAAAAUUAGUAUCAUGCAAGAAUAGAAAACUAGGGCAGUUGAAACAUAGCAAAAUGUACUCAAUGAGAGGGUUGGAUGGA